AUGGGGGACGGGAUUUGUGAAAUCGCUAUCGACGGUCUACCCCCGGUAGCUCGGCAGGCACCGCCAAGAAUCGACCCCGUCAACCAACUCGAUGAGGACGGGCAGAUGGUGGCCAUCCCGGAGGAAGCCUAUACCAUCAAAAGAUGGCAAGUCUUCUGUAUCAUUUUUGUCAUUCUGGGCGCCUUCGGAGGAGUUGUGUAUUUUAUCGUGCUUCCUAUAAAGUCGUACAAGCCACCGAGCGUGUUAAAGCCAGAGCCGGGAGACCCCUCGCGACCCUUCACAGACCCAACACCCGAGAUCCACAAGGAAAAGCCGUGGGAACAACAGCGGCUUCCAAACUAUCUUCAACCUUAUGAAUACAGAUUAACUCUUAGGUUGGAUGUAACUAAAGCCACAUACAGUGGUUCCAUUGUCAUCAACCUUCGGUGUUAUCAUCCCACGGAGUACAUCAUACUCGACAUACAGGAUGUGCACAUUUCCGACAAUCUCGUGUCUGUGAUAGAUCUUUCCACGGGCAGGAUCCAGCCUGUCUCCGACACUUUUCAGGUUUCUGACCGUAGAACCCGCUACAUCAUCAGUGUGGCAGAGAAACUCCGGGUUGGGAGUAUUUAUAGAGCUAAUAUUACAACAUUUACCGGGAGGGUGAACGCCGAGCCACCGGGCUUAUACACAGCAAGACAUCGGACAAGAAGGAGCGGAGACAGACGAAUGGUUGUGUCUGGACUGAAGCCUACCGGUGCCCGGCAUGUGUUCCCCUGUAUGGACGACCCAGCUAUGAAAGCCACCUUUGACGUCAUAAUUGAACAUCCAUCAGACCAGAUCGCUCUCACCAGCAGUCCGUCAGAAAGCACAACCACACUGGCAAACGGCUGGAUACGAGAAACGUUCUACAGGACGUCAAAGCUGUCUACUCAUCUGCUGGGGUUUGCUCUGUUUGAAGGGUUAACUGAAUUAGAAAGAUAUUCAUCUAGAGGACAAGUGGUGCGAGUGUGGUCUCCGUUUGAUCCAAACACGUCGCCAGCUGCUGAAGUCGCGUUAAACACAACCCUGGAUGCCAUUAGCAACAUGAAGGAUUUGUUGGGGUUAGAUUAUCUUCUUCAAAAGACAGAUGUGCUGCCCGUCCCUGGCCAAAUCGUGCCUUAUGACGUGUACAGUGGCCUUCUGAUGGUCAGGGAUACUUUGCUAUUUUGUGAUGUCGACGAUUCAAGCAUCCGUGAUCAACUACAAUGUGCGAUGGCACUCAACCAUGCAGUCGCGCACUAUUGGUUUGGAAUAACAGUGACUGCCGCAUGGUGGAGUGAUCUGUGGGUGACAGAAGCUCUGAGUACGGAACUAGCAUAUGAAUCACUCGCGUGUCAUUUUCCGGAAUUGUCUAUGACCAUAUUAGCAAGCUAUGACACAAUCAACACAUCGCAGUUAUGGAGCACGCUGUCGCAGGCAACGGAUUCCUUUGUUAACGUGUCAGUUGUAAUGAACAACUGGGUGUCUAACGCCGGUUACCCGUACGUCACAUUGAGACAGACGGUGGAAAACAACGGUGCAAGAAGACUAUACAUCAUCCAGGACGCAUUCUCUUAUUUUCUGGCUUCCAAAAGUACCCUGCACUGGAACAUACCAGUGGCCUACAAGACCAGGGACCAAUCGGACGCCAGGGUCUUGUGGCUUAAUGUUAGCAUCGAGAACAUUUCUGACGACUCGUCUAAGGGAGAGUGGGUUCUUGGGAAAGCGGAUUCCAACGGGUUCUACCGUGUGAACUACGGGCCUGGAAACUGGAAGUUACUGGCGGACCAGCUCCUGACCAACCACACAGUAAUUUGA